GGGUAACAGCACACGUUUUCCAAUGCCAUAUACACAUACAAUGAAUAUUGAAUAUGUAUGUGUUUUAAUCUCUUAAAUAAUUACAUAAUCUGAAGAAUUUAGAUUUUAUGCAUGUAUUUCUUCAGAAUACUGGUGCGUACUCCUAUGUCACGUGAGCUUUCAUGUUGGAUGGAGAUGCCAUCUGCCUUUAGCGUUUCUACUUGAGGACCUGGUGCGGAAUAAGUGUUCCAUGCACACUUAUUGAACGAUUGAGUGAAAAGUGUGAGCAGAGAUUUUUAAAUGUCUCUCGGUUGAUGAUAUAAACAGCUCUGUAAGUCUGUGUGUCCUCCUUUGGACCAGUCCUGUCCCCACUCCCCACCCUUGCCCUCGUUGUCUUCCAUUGCUCUCCAUCCUAUUUGUGAAGCCUUUCUCUGAAUCUGGAACUCAAAGCCUGGCUUCCCAGCAGGCCCCAGGAUCCCCUUGUCUGCAAGUGGGUUUUCGUGGGCACUGGGGAUUCAAACUCUGGUCUUUAUGCUUGCAGAAGGCUCUUCACUCACAGUGCCAUCUCAUCCAGCCCAACUGCCUUACUUCUUCUACAAGAAGCCUUAUUGAAGUUGUAUAAACAUGGGCUUGUGGGGGAUGCCUGGAAGAAGUACUUAGAAGUUCUCACCAGCACCAGCAAAUAGGAAACUGGCCUUUCUGGAAUCAAUACUCCUUCAAACACCUGAGCAUUUGAGUUGUUGACCAGGGGUGUUAUUUGCUAAGCAAACACCAAUUUCUCCCCUCCCCAGAAGAGGAGAAAAUGAUGCUGUUCAGCAAGACGUCAGAGACUACCCGAGACACAGGUCAAAGGCUGCUGUCAGAAUUACGAUGCUCCCGUAGAUGGCACUGUUUUCUCUCGUCGCGUUUGCCACUCUGCCCGCGUCCUCCCGGGACCCCCUGCUUUACUAGCCGUGUUUUAGGUAGCAGCUGAUGAUAACCACGUUAUUGGCGUGUCUUCGGUUUUCUUAAAAACAUCUUUUGGGGGAUCUAAAAGCUUUGGCUGAGUUAGCACCGCAUGGUCCCAUCUCUCACGGUCUUCCCCACCUCGUGACAGAAGUACUACCACGGAGCAGCUGGCGUACUGCAUAGGAAGCUCUAUUAAAGCUUCCCUGCUUCUACGGUAAUAAAACAAGUCAGAAGUCAAACGCCGACUCCGGGAUGGUGCCUCCUAAACAGAGCGAACUAUCCGUCAAAUUAUGCAGAUACCUCCCCUGGUUGGUUAAUAAUGAACUUUGGAAAAGCCACACACUCGGUUGUGAUGGAAACAUUGGCAAAACAUUGCGCCGCCCCACCAGCCCUUUCCAGGUCCUAACAGAUGCACUGACUGCCGCCGGGGAAGGCGGGUGUGAGGGGUCCGAGCGGCCGCCCGGCGCGGAGGAGACCCCGAGACGCCGGAAGCCACCAGCCUGGAGCCGCGAGGGAAGGGGACGCAGCGGUCUGCGCCCGGUUCGCGCCCCGGGGGGAUUUACGUUUCUGCUCGCCGCUUUCUACAAAGGGAACCCCUCCGCGCCGCUGUCUGUCCUCGUCCCCGGGGAGUGGGGCAGAGCCUGCCGGACCUAACUGAACCGAGAGAGCGAGGAGAGCGAGCGAGGAGAGCGAGGCGGGACCCGCAGCGCCCGGGCGCCGGAGACCUUGGCAGCGGCCGGCGCCGGGAGGCCGAACUUCGGGGCGGGCGGCGGCGCCGCGGGGCCCCGGAGGCAGAGGCGGCCCCGCACCAUGAUGUUUCGCGACCAGGUCGGGGUGCUGGCGGGCUGGUUUAAGGGCUGGAACGAGUGCGAGCAGACCGUGGCGCUGCUGUCGCUGCUCAAGCGCGUGAGCCAGACCCAGGCCCGCUUCCUGCAGCUCUGCCUGGAGCACUCGCUGGCCGACUGCGCCGAGCUGCACGUCCUGGAGGGAGAGGCCAACAGCCCGGGAAUCAUUAACCAAUGGCAGCAGGAAUCCAAGGAUAAAGUGAUUUCCCUUCUGUUAACUCACCUGCCUUUGCUGAAGCCAGGGAACCUCGACGCAAAAGUAGAGUAUAUGAAGCUGCUGCCCAAGAUCCUGGCGCACUCUAUCGAGCACAACCAGCACAUUGAGGAGAGCAGGCAGCUGCUGUCCUAUGCUUUGAUCCACCCAGCCACGUCCCUGGAAGACCGCAGUGCUCUCGCCAUGUGGCUGAACCACUUGGAGGACCGGACGUCGAGCGGCUUCGGCAGCCAGAGCCGAGGCCGCUCCGACUCCGUGGAUUACGGACAGGCGCACUACUACCACCAAAGACAGAACUCUGACGAUAAGCUCAAUGGGUGGCAGAACUCGCGGGAUUCCGGGAUUUGCAUCAGCGCCUCCAACUGGCAGGACAAAAGCCUGGGAUGUGAGAAUGGCCAUGUUCCCCUCUACUCUUCCUCAUCUGUCCCCACCACAAUCAACACGAUUGGAACCAGCACGAGUACGAUUCUCUCAGGCCAGGCCCACCACAGCCCUUUGAAACGAUCUGUAUCCCUUACCCCACCCAUGAAUGUGCCAAACCAGCCUUUAGGACAUGGAUGGAUGUCUCAUGAGGACUUACGAGCUAGAGGACCCCAGUGCCUCCCACCCGAUCAUGCCCCCCUGUCUCCACAAAGCAGUGUAGCCUCUUCAGGAAGUGGUGGGAGUGAACACUUAGAAGAUCAGACCACUGCUCGUAACACAUUCCAAGAAGAAGGUAGUGGUAUGAAAGAUGUUCCAGCUUGGUUAAAAAGCCUCCGUCUGCACAAAUAUGCUGCACUGUUCUCGCAGAUGACAUACGAGGAAAUGAUGGCCCUCACUGAGUGUCAGCUGGAGGCUCAGAAUGUUACCAAAGGCGCAAGACACAAAAUUGUAAUCAGUAUUCAGAAGCUCAAAGAGAGACAGAACCUUCUGAAGUCUUUGGAAAGGGACGUCAUCGAAGGGGGCAGCCUGCGCAUCCCCCUCCAGGAGCUGCACCAGAUGAUCCUGACACCCAUCAAGGCCUACAGCUCUCCCAGUACCACUCCUGAGGUGCGCCGCCCUGAGCCCUCGAUGAUGGGCCCGGAGAGCUCAAGCCCCGACUGCAAAGACAGCGCCACGGGGGCCACCAGUGCCACAGCCAGUGCCUCAGCCGGAGGCGCCAGCGGUGGGCUGCAACCACCCCAGCUAAGCAGCUGCGAAGGGGAGCUGGCUGUUGCCCCUCUGCCGGAGGGGGACCUCCCCGGGCAGUUCACUCGAGUCAUGGGGAAAGUAUGCACGCAGCUCUUGGUCUCCAGACCUGAUGAGGAAAAUAUAAGUUCCUAUCUACAGCUCUUAGACAAGUGCCUCAUCCAUGAGGCAUUUACAGAGACACAGAAAAAAAGAUUGUUGUCAUGGAAACAGCAGGUGCAGAAGCUCUUUCGGUCUUUCCCUCGGAAAACCCUUCUAGACAUAUCAGGAUAUCGACAGCAAAGGAAUCGUGGCUUUGGGCAGUCCAACUCCCUCCCGACAGCCAGCUCUGUGGGCGGCGGCAUAGGCAGACGGAACCCACGGCAGUACCAGAUGGCCUCUCGGAAUGUCCCUUCGGCCCGCCUUGGUCUCUUGGGCACCAGCGGAUUCGUCAGCUCCAACCAGCGCCAUGCCGCUGCCAACCCUACCAUCAUGAAACAAGGAAGACAGAACCUCUGGUUUGCCAACCCUGGGGGCAGCAACAGCAUGCCCAGCCGCACCCACAGCUCGGUGCAGAAGACCCGCUCGCUGCCCGUGCACACUUCCCCACAGAACAUGCUGAUGUUCCAGCAACCAGAAUUCCAGCUUCCUGUGACUGAACCUGACAUCAACAACAGGCUGGAGUCCCUGUGCCUCAGUAUGACGGAGCAUGCUCUGGGAGACGGGGUUGACCGGACCUCCACAAUCUAGAAACUGAAGAGGAGAGUGACCGCGCUGGCCGUGAAAUCGACUGCUGCGGGCCCGGUGUCAGCCAUCUUCAGGGUUGCAUAGAUCUUCCAAGACACUUUGCAGCCUCUUUCCCCUGGUCCCUCACCCAUUUUGAUUUUGUGAGAGCGUAGGUCAUCCUUGCAAACAUAUCAGUAGACCUGG